AUGCAAAUUACCGUGGUGAUUGUUGUGUUAGCUGUUUUCAUAACAACAAUAACUGCUUGUCACGCUAUUCCCCCCUCGGCCGAGGUCAUGGAGCAGAUACGGCUCCGUCUCAAACAAGCCAUUGAAGCGCCGUACGAUCCGGAGCUCCAGAAUCUGACGAACGCCCAGAUCGCAGCUUUAGAGGAGACAAUCGACCGGUAUGCCAGACUGCCCAACAAGUUCUCUUACAAUGCCGAGAUGUUCGACGACAAAGUGGUAAAGAUGUUCAGCAAGAAGCAGAUCAGGAUGUUCAAGGACUUUGUGGAGAAACAGAAGAGGAAGAACAGUCUACUUGAAGACAUCAAGACUCUUGAUGAUAUCUAUGUGGGUUAG